GUUCGCGAGGAAGGAAAGACCCUCCUCUCACUUGAAGCGCCUGGCAUCUGCUUUUGGAAAAAGAGAAUACAAGAUAAAGGAGGAGACGGAAAGGAGAAGGGGGGGAAAGAAGUGAGCGGGGAGACAGAGGAAAAAAGGACGUGAACCGAAAGGGUUAGAUCGUGCAGGGAGCCCGAGGCGCGGGGGCGGCAGUGCGGAGCCAGGAGCGCCGCCGCUUGGGCAGGUGCCGCGGCUGCUGCCCGGAGGCGGCAUGUGACGCGCGGCCGCAGCUGCCCGCGGGCGGAGCGCUCUCGGACCCGGGAGCGCACACCGCGGGGCAAGUCGGUACCAUCCCGGAUCCCCACGCUCCUCCUCAGUUCGCCGGGGCGGCAGCGGCGCUUCUGGGAAGACAGGCGAUGAACCGAAGGGCGGCUCCGGGCAUGGGCGCGCGGUCCUAGGACACUCGCUUCCUGAACGCCGAGCGGGAGGCGACCAACGGACGGUGGACCGGGCGCCUCCCGCGCUUUGGGGAAGCGCAGACGACCGGCGUGGGACGGCCACCUGGAGCGCAGCGGCCAGGUCUGAACAGUGAUGGCGCUUAUUUCAGUUAUGAGUUGCUCAGUGGACUGUGGAUUGACUGAACUGUACCCAUUCCCAUCAUGAUGUACACCACCAAGGCUCCUCACUACACCUGUUUUCUGAUUAGAGACGAAAUAAAUGACAUUCAGAACUUCCACUAAGGUACUGUAAGCUUUUGUGGUGACAUGGCAUCUGGUUUUUUUCUACAAGGAAAGUUCAGCACACAGCACAGUCCUUGAUACAUUGGAUUGGUUUGAUGAUCCUACCUGGAACAGACUAUGUCAGAGAGUCACCAUGACCUUGCACAAUAACAAUACAACCUCACCUUUGUUUCCGAACAUCAGCUCUUCCUGGAUUCACGGCCCUUCCGAUGCAGGGCUGCCCCCAGGAACGGUUACUCAUUUUGGCAGCUACAACAUUUCUCGGGCAGCUGGGAAUUUCUCCUCUCCAAAUGGCACCACCAGUGACCCUCUGGGAGGUCAUACCAUCUGGCAAGUGGUCUUCAUUGCAUUCUUAACGGGCGUCCUGGCCUUGGUGACCAUCAUCGGCAACAUCCUGGUGAUAGUGGCAUUCAAGGUCAACAAGCAACUGAAGACCGUCAACAACUACUUCCUCUUAAGUCUGGCCUGUGCUGACCUGAUUAUUGGGGUCAUUUCAAUGAAUCUGUUUACUACCUACAUCAUCAUGAACCGAUGGGCUUUAGGGAACUUGGCCUGUGACCUUUGGCUUUCCAUUGACUACGUGGCUAGCAAUGCCUCCGUCAUGAAUCUUCUGGUCAUUAGCUUUGACAGGUACUUUUCCAUCACGAGGCCGCUCACGUACCGAGCCAAACGAACAACAAAGCGAGCUGGUGUGAUGAUAGGUCUGGCUUGGGUCAUCUCCUUCAUCCUUUGGGCUCCUGCCAUCUUGUUCUGGCAAUACUUUGUUGGGAAGAGAACUGUGCCUCCAGGGGAGUGUUUCAUCCAGUUCCUCAGUGAGCCCACCAUCACCUUUGGCACGGCCAUCGCUGCCUUUUAUAUGCCUGUCACCAUUAUGACUAUUUUAUACUGGAGGAUCUAUAAGGAAACUGAAAAACGUACCAAAGAGCUUGCUGGGCUGCAGGCCUCUGGGACAGAGGCAGAGGCAGAGAACUUUGUCCAUCCCACAGGUAGUUCUCGAAGCUGCAGCAGCUAUGAGCUUCAACAGCAAAGCAUGAAACGCUCAGCCAGGAGGAAGUACGGACGCUGCCACUUCUGGUUCACAACCAAGAGCUGGAAGCCCAGCGCCGAGCAAAUGGACCAAGACCACAGCAGCAGUGACAGCUGGAAUAACAAUGACGCUGCCGCCUCCCUGGAAAAUUCCGCUUCCUCCGAUGAGGAGGACAUUGGCUCGGAGACAAGAGCCAUCUACUCCAUCGUGCUCAAGCUUCCAGGUCACAGCACCAUCCUCAGCUCCACCAAAUUACCCUCGUCAGACAACCUGCAGGUGCCGGAGGAGGAGCUGGGGGCAGUGGACUUAGAGACGAAAGCCAGCAAACUGCAGGCCCAAAAGAGCAUGGACGACGGAGGCAGUUUUCAGAAAAGCUUCUCCAAGCUUCCCAUCCAGUUAGAGUCAGCCGUGGACACAGCCAAGGCCUCUGAUGUCAACUCCUCAGUGGGCAAGACCACGGCCACCCUGCCUCUGUCCUUUAAGGAAGCUACUCUGGCCAAGAGGUUUGCUCUGAAGACCAGAAGCCAGAUCACUAAGCGGAAACGGAUGUCCCUCAUCAAGGAGAAGAAGGCGGCCCAGACCCUCAGCGCCAUCUUGCUUGCCUUCAUCAUCACCUGGACCCCCUACAAUAUUAUGGUUCUGGUGAAUACCUUUUGUGACAGCUGCAUCCCCAAAACCUAUUGGAAUCUGGGCUAUUGGCUGUGCUACAUCAACAGCACCGUGAACCCCGUGUGCUAUGCCCUGUGCAACAAAACAUUCAGAACCACUUUCAAGAUGCUGCUGUUGUGCCAGUGUGACAAAAGGAAGAGGCGCAAGCAGCAGUACCAGCAAAGACAGUCGGUCAUUUUCCACAAGCGGGUGCCCGAGCAGGCCUUGUAGAAUGAGGUGUGUUGUCAAUAGCAGUCACCAAACGCACACAUCAACCCACAGACCUUAGGAGGGAGUGAGGCGAGGGUGGGGGUGAUUUCUGGCGCUGAUAAAAAAUGUCUUUAUCACCCAGAUGUGAAAGAAGCUGCCUGUUUACCGAUCCAUGAAAUAAAUCCAUUUUAAUAUCAAAAGUCAAAUACCAAUUCAGCCAAAAAUAAAUAAAUAAGCGUAUUACUGAAUAUAAAGAAAUUUAUUCUGAAAUAGACUUUGUUUUUUCUUAAAGAGAAAGAAAGAAUUGUUUCAUAGCAAUUAUAUACCCAAAUUGGUCUGCCUGGGCCUUUUCAUUCCCAUUAGCUCUGGAAUCUCGGUGAGCGUACCUAGCUGGCCCAGUUUCCCUGUUCUUUCCAAGGAUCCCCAAAGUGUCGAUCCAGAUCCCACGUGGAACAUGUCAGGCUAGUGAAUCCGUGGUUCUGAAAUUCUUUCGUACGUUGCAAAGCCUCACCUUCUCGUCCCAAUAGAGCUCCCCGUCUUCUCAUUGGUGUGUCGUUGAACUCUAUUUGUGGACUUGAUUCUUGAUUCUUGCAAAGUACUGUU